UAUCAAAUCCCCAGAUACUUUGAAGAAAAGGGAGUAGUCAUUAAGGGAGGAAGUGAAACCUCUGGUUCCCAAAGCAGAAGACAAACGUGCAUACCACUGACGAGAAGCCUGUUUGAGGCCGUACAGUGAUUUUCUAAGUCGACAAACAUGAGCAGGAGAUGGAGGAGAUAGUCCAGGUGGGAACCUCAUAUAUACUUCUUCAUCUAAUUCACCAUGGAGGAAGGCGUUAUUGACGUCAAGUUGAAACAAAUCCCAAUUUCUUUUCACAGCAAUAGACAGAAUGCAGCGGAUUGUUGUCAUUUUCACAACUGGAGAGAAGGGCAAUGCCUUCUUCCCUUCAGGCAGUUCGACAACAUCCCAAGUAUGAUUAGACGCCAAUGCCUCAAACUCCUUUACCAUGGCAUCUUGCCAUCCAGGAUGAGCAGCUGCUUGGUGAUAUGUUUGAGGUUCAUUAAUAUGACAUAUAGAAGAAAUAAGCCCCUGGUUCUCUUUAGUCAAGGCAGAGAAACAAAAAGAAUGGAAUGGAAGGAAAUGAGGAUUAGGAGAAAUAGAAGAAGCAUUAUUGCAGAGAUAAUCUGAGAGAUACUUAGGGUCAUUGUGAACUCUUGUGUAUUUGCGCAGCUCAGGUCCAUGUGAUGAGGAUAACACUGGUUCUGAAGAGUCUU